UUUGGGAAACGGGAAACCUGCGAACCGGCUCUUAGCGCCGGUUGAGAUCGAGACUGGGGAUUCGUGGGGGGCGGGUGCAGGGCAGGUUUUGUGCUGGAUGCGGCCCCUGCCUCCCCGGACUGCAAAGCUAAGACUUGGCCACGCUGCAGCCCCAGUUCGGGAGGACCCUGGUAUACCAGACUGGAUGCAUCUUCUGUGCUUGGUUUCGUCUUGCACUAGAGAAGUCCAGGGAUGAUAUAUUCUUGGAUUGUAUUUCUGCACCUCAGAAUCAACUGCUUCAAUGUAGAAACCCUGACUCUUUGCUUUUUGGGACACACAUAACCUCAAUGAACAUCUGCUGGACAGGUCCUUUCUGGUGACUUUUUGCUUUUUUUUUUUUUUUUCUUGUGCAAUUUAGAAGACAAGUGUAAGGAGCCAAAAGUUAACUGCUUUGGUGAAUGACUUGGUUCUUAGAACAUGGGCCCUCGUUUCAAGUUGCAGCUGUGAUCCUGGGCUGUCCGUUGGCGUUGAAGAGACCUGAUGUUUUACGUUAUUGGUGGAAUCACAGUGUCUGUGGUUGCAUUCUUCUUCACAAUUAAGUUCCUCCUUGAGCUUGCCGCACGUGUAGUCAGCUUUCUUCAGAAUGAAGACCGUGAGCGCCGCGGGGACCGGACCAUUUAUGACUACGUGCGGGGAAAUUACCUGGAUCCCCGGUCCUGCAAAGUGUCUUGGGAUUGGAAGGACCCCUAUGAGGUGGGCCACAGCAUGGCCUUCCGAGUGCAUUUGUUCUAUAAGAACGGACAGCCUUUCCCCGCACAUCGGCCUGUGGGACUGCGAGUUCACAUCUCUCACGUCGAACUAGCAGUGGAAAUUCCGGUGACCCAGGAAGUCCUCCAGGAGCCAAAUUCCAACGUGGUAAAGGUGGCCUUCACUGUGCGCAAGGCUGGGCGUUAUGAGAUCACUGUGAAGCUCGGUGGAUUAAAUGUGGCCUAUAGUCCCUACUACAAAAUUUUUCAGCCUGGAAUGGUGGUUCCUUCCAAAACCAAAAUUGUGUGCCAUUUUUCUACUCUUGUGUUGACCUGUGGUCAACCACACACUCUGCAAAUAGUGCCCCGAGAUGAGUACGACAACCCAACCAACAACUCCAUGUCCCUGAGAGAUGAGCACAACUACGGCUUGUCCAUCCAUGAGCUCGGCGCUCAAGAAGGAGAGAAUGAUGAAGUCUCAUUUGAGAAGUCGGUGACAUCCAACCGGCAGACAUGCCAGGUGUUUCUGCGGCUCACCCUGCAUUCUCGAGGUUGCUUCCAUGCCUGCAUCUCAUACCAGAACCAGCCCAUCAAUAAUGGCGAAUUUGACAUUAUAGUCCUGAGUGAGAAUGAGAAGAAUAUUGUUGAACGAAAUGUGUCCACCUCAGGAGUGAGCAUUUACUUUGAGGCUUACCUUUAUAACACCAACAGCUGCACAAGCACACCGUGGCAUCUUCCUCCCAUGCAUAUGAGCUCCUCUCAGCGCCGGCCCUCCACCGCUAUUGAGGAGGACGAAGAAGACUCACCCUCAGAGUGCCACACCCCCGAGAAGGUGAAGAAACCCAAGAAGGUGUACUGCUAUGUGUCACCAAAGCAAUUCUCUGUGAAGGAAUUCUACCUGAAAAUCAUCCCCUGGCGCCUCUACACCUUCCGAGUGUGCCCUGGAACAAAGUUUUCAUAUCUUGGCCCUGAUCCUGUUCACAAGCUCCUCACACUGGUGGUGGAUGAUGGUAUUCAGCCUCCUGUGGAGCUCAGCUGCAAGGAAAGGAACAUUCUAGCUGCCACUUUCAUCCGCUCCCUGCACAAGAACAUCGGAGGCUCGGAGACCUUCCAAGACAAGGUGAACUUUUUCCAACGAGAGCUUCGGCAGGUACAUGUGAAGAGACCUCAUUCCAAAGUCACCCUGAAGGUCAGCAGACACGCCUUGUUGGAAUCGUCUUUGAAGGCCACUCGGAACUUUUCCAUCUCAGAUUGGAGCAAGAACUUUGAAGUGGUUUUCCAGGAUGAAGAAGCUUUGGAUUGGGGAGGGCCUCGGCGGGAGUGGUUUGAGCUGAUCUGCAAAGCCUUGUUUGACACCACCAGUCAGCUCUUCACCCGGUUCAGCGACAGCAACCAAGCGCUAGUGCAUCCUAACCCUAAUCGUCCGGCUCACCUGCGCUUGAAGAUGUAUGAGUUUGCAGGGCGGCUGGUGGGCAAGUGUUUGUAUGAGUCCUCUCUAGGAGGAGCUUAUAAGCAAUUGGUCCGUGCCCGUUUCACUCGGUCUUUCCUGGCCCAAAUCAUUGGACUCCGUAUGCAUUACAAGUACUUUGAAACAGAUGACCCAGAAUUCUACAAGUCCAAAGUUUGCUUUAUCCUCAACAAUGACAUGAGUGAGAUGGAGCUGGUCUUUGCAGAAGAAAAAUAUAACAAAUCAGGUCAACUGGAUAAGGUUGUAGAACUCAUGACAGGUGGAGCUCAAACCCCAGUCACCAAUGCAAAUAAAAUCUUCUACUUGAACUUGCUAGCCCAGUAUCGGCUGGCCAGUCAAGUGAAAGAGGAGGUGGAGCAUUUCCUAAAAGGCUUGAAUGAGUUGGUUCCUGAGAACCUCUUGGCUAUUUUUGACGAGAAUGAGCUUGAGCUGCUGAUGUGUGGUACUGGAGACAUCAGUGUAGCUGACUUCAAAGCCCAUGCUGUAGUGGUUGAUGGCUCCUGGCAUUUCAGAGAAAAGGUCAUGAGGUGGUUUUGGACUGUGGUUUCCAGUCUGACCCAGGAGGAAUUGGCUCGGCUACUUCAGUUCACAACAGGCUCCUCUCAGCUUCCGCCUGGAGGCUUUGCUGCCCUCUGUCCCUCAUUUCAGAUCAUCGCUGCUCCGACCCACAGCACUCUUCCUACCGCACACACAUGUUUUAACCAACUGUGCCUCCCUACAUAUGACUCAUAUGAAGAGGUCCACAGGAUGCUGCAGCUGGCCAUCAGUGAGGGUUGCGAGGGCUUUGGCAUGCUCUGACACUCCUCUGUCGCCUGCUUGGCUCAUACUCUCUAGAGCAUCUGGGCACAUGUUACCAAGCAUAACCACUGACCUUAACGCACAUACCCAUUAGCCAGGAGAGACUGCAUGCUCCCUCGUGUCUGGAGUAUUCUGCCAUCUACGAGCAUUGUUCUUACCUCACCCGCUCUGUGUCCACAUUUACCACAGGCCAUUUGGGCACAUGGUACCUAUCUGAACACCACUCAGUCAUGAGAAAAGGACCAUGCUGCUGUCAUUUCAUUUGGUCCUUUGAAGAUCUCUGUAGCUGGAUCUGCCUCAGUGGCUGGGAGAGAUGGAUGACAUGGAGGACUCAAUUCUGUUGGAAAGCCGGCAUGCUGAGAUCCUUAAGCACUGUCUUAUUCUGGCACCCUCUGCUCUUUGGAAAUACUCUUCUUCUUUUUUUAUAUAUAUAUAUAUAUAUAUAUAUAUAUAUUUUAUUGGAAAUACUCUUCUUGAUCUCACUACUUGACCAGACUGGUACAUGAUCCCUUCUCCUGGACAACCCAUCACCUCUUCUCGUCAGUAGCCCAGAGAAGCACAGAGAGAAAGUGGCCGGCACUGACGGGGACCAAUGGUACUGCAGGUCUCUGUGGUGACAGCUGGAGAAGACACUCCUUGGGGGCAUUUUUGAAGAUGAUUAUCACUCCACAAAGACUGUGCUAAGCUUUCUCCUGAGCUUGAGCCGAUGAGAAAAGCAGUGAGAAGAAUGUAAAGGGUGGCUGUGCUGUGGCCUCCAAUGCUGGCUGCGCUUUUCUCGGGGAAGGGCCGUGUGCAUCCAUGUGGAUGGCUUGAAGACUACUGAUGCUUUUCUCUGAGCUUGUUGUUUGCACUGAAGGAUGGCGCGGCAUCACCACUGGUCUCCAGUUUAUGUGGUCUGUUAAGAGCUGUCUUUAACACUCCGCUGGAAGAAUUUUGGGAGCAAAGGACCGGGACAGUAAACAUAGCUUGCCAACUCUUUGGUGGUGGUCUCUGGUAGCACUGAGGCAGAAGAGCUGUCAUCACAGGUCCUGGGUCAGGCCACUGGGGAUAGACGUGGUGGUGAUCCAGCAGCAGUCCAUACCUAGCAAUUCCAGGUACUUGGUUUCAUCAGUUUCAGGAAGGGGAAUCAGGAGGGAGGAAGCUAUAUUGGGUUCACCAUUAUGUGUGAUCGACGAGAACUUGUCAGUCUCUUGGAAGAUGAUAACAUCUCUUUUCAUUAGUGUUUGAAUGAAAACAACAUAAGGCUCAAGAUCACGUGGACUUCCCAGUUUCUGUCUUUAAUAAGGCUUUGCUACAAGCUCCCACUUCUGAUGAGGUACUCACUCAGAAUAUUACAAGCCAUCUUUAUUGCCAAAACCAGCCGGUACACAGAAUCCCGAGGCAAGGCAGUUCUUACGACUUGGCCUCCUGGAAGUAUGUCUGAGCUCUCCUGUUCCCAGGGAUCAUGAGAAACAAGCCCUCCUGAGCUGCUAGAAUUCCUACCUGACCUCCUUGGCAGUCAUUAUUUGUCCUUUGUUGGCGUGGGCGCUGACCUCACUUCUUGGGGUUUAGGACCUGGCAUCAGGGCCUCUACACCCCAGGAUCCUCCAUGCCACAUGGUCACUGCUCUCCUCAGGGACCAGGACAAGGUGCUGCUGCUUGCCCACACUUUCCCCGUGGAACGUGUCCAAGCUAGUUUAGCCAUCCCCCUGCUGCCUGCCUCUCAGCUCCUCUGGGGCUUCCAGCUGGGGUACAUGGGCUGGCUUGGCUCUUUGGGGCAAUCGUUCCUGUCCUGGAUUCUGUGAUCCUGGCUCCAGCACCCCUCCAGAGAUUACCAGGGGGGUUGAGUUUAUAUUCUUGGCUAGACCUAUCAUUUUAGGCUCUAGUUAUAGCACUUUUUCAGUCUCCUAGGCACUGGCAGCCCAGCUGGGGCAGCUGUCCCAGGGUGGUCUGUAGGCACCAGAGUCUCUAACAACAACAAACCCUUUAGUACUGUGUGAUUUUCUAUUCCAGUGUACUCUCUCCUGACUAUUCAGAAGCAGUUUUGCUCUCUUUUGCAGUUUCUUUUACCUUUUUUUUUUUUUUUUUUUUUUUCUAAAACUGCUUUGGCACUAGCCAGUAUGGGGAAGACAUACAGAAUGUUGGAGAGAGAGAAAAAAAAAAAAGAUGUGUUAUUUCUCGGGCAAUUUUCUAUUCCUAGUCCUUAGUUAGCCAGUUCUUCUGUUAAUGCCUUGUGACAUAGGCCCUUGGGAGGCUAGCUGCUCCCCUGGCUUUUGGCUUUUCAGUGUCCUUGAAGGAGACAAGUCAUGAAAUGAAAACCAAGAGGAUGUCGGUGUGGUUCUAGAAAGCUGGCAGAGACCGAACUCGGCUGCACAUUGUCAGGCCCGGUCUGGACGUCUGCAGCUGGAGAUGUAAAUAUUUUGUACAGUAAAUAAAACACCUACAGGAAGCGA